AUUUCAAUAAGAAUCAUUGCUUAACACGUCUCAUUAUCAUCCGCUAGCCCUCACUGUUGCGUCGUCGCAAUCCUACAUCUCUGCGAGCACAAGCCUUUCCAAGUCUCCGUUCAAUCGGAAUCGAGGAUUUAAGAUUAAAAAAAUCACCAGGAAGAUCGAGAAGGUAGUUGAAAAUCACUAGGAUAACUUUAAUGAGCACUUGCACGUUGAUUUGCAACAUGGUAUGCAGUAGGAUAAAUACUUGCUUUGCAGAUAGGUGAGCAGUGGCAAUCUCAGUCCCAAGCCUCUGCCAAGCUUCACAUUUUGCGAUCGAUAAGUCGACCAAUAUUUCCGAAGAUUUGAGCCUUCCGUCCGUAUUCGAUGAAGAUGACAACAUUUGAGCUCGACAACUUACAACCACGAGCAGAAGCUGCGUCCGCAGAUGCGUAUUUGAAAAGGAUUGCCAAUGCUGUGGUGCUGGUCCUCCCAUUUUUCUUGUGGGGCACCAACAUGGUGAUCAUGGAAGAUGUGAUGGCCAAGACGGGGUCGAUGUUUGUUGCGUUCGCGCGGUUGAUUCCUGGUGGCUUUGGGAUUAUUGCUUUCGCAAGCUUGAGAGGAAAGAAGUUCCCAUCUGGAGUGACUGCCUGGUUACCAAUUGCCCUCUUUGGCCUCAUCAACAGCACGCUUUUUCAGGUAUUUUGUGUUGAAGGGCUGACGCGGACAAUUGCUGGCAUUGGCAGUGUUAUUAUAGACUCGCAGCCAUUAACCGUCGCUGUUAUGGCCGCAAUGUUCUAUGGGGAAGUACUGGGACCCAAGUCGAUAACAGCAUUAAUAUCUGGCAUUUUCGGUCUUAUUUUGAUAGAGGUCCCGCCUCUGAAGAUGCAAGAACUCUUGCAUUCUCUUCUCCAUUCGUUCGGAAUUUUGAAAGCUUCACCUCCCUUGCAUUCAACGGGGAAAUGGAGCUUGUGGGACAGCGGGGAGUGGUGGAUGUUGCUGGCUGCACAAUGCAUGGCCGUCGGUACAAUCAUGAUGCGUUGGGUCUCGAGGUUCGCUGACCCUAUCAUGGUAAUUGGCUGGCAUAUGGUGUUGGGGAGUAUUCCUGUUUUAGCUCUAUCAAUUUGGAGACAAGACCCUGCAGUGUCUGGGCAUCUGCAAGAUCUGAACCUUGGAGACUGGGCCGAACUUGUUUACAUCUCCGUUUUUGGAAGUGCUCUUGCCACAGGCUUGUUCUUCUAUAAUGCUACUAAAGGCAGUCUGACGGAGCUCAGUGUGCUCACGUUACUCACCCCUGUGUUCGCAACCAUAUUCGGGUACUUGCUGAGAAACGAAGUCAUAACCAAGAUAGAGCUUGUGGGAUCGGUAAUCACCCUGGUUUCCAUUUGCUUCGUCAAAGUGGAGAAACCCAAGCCAACCGAACCCCAAAACUUUAACAUAAGAUACGAUUCCUUGCCAGUAGAAGCAACUCCUUAAUUCUCAUCGGCCGUCUCAUUGGGAAAUCUGCCUCACCAUCAGGACCGUUUCAUCCGGCACCGCACUCAAACGUGGAUCGAUAUCUGUACAUCAAAUCGACUCCCACUCAUUGAAGCAGAAACCUGCCAGGGAAUCGCACAUGAAAUACAUCAUUCAGCACUUGGGAAUCCAAAGAAGCGAAAUCUCACCCACACGAAUACAUCGGAAGGAACCUUUGGCAUCCGGUUAUUCUAAGGUGGAUGACUGAGCGAUGUCUACGCAAGUUACGAAACAUGGUUUUCUGGGGCUCCUGUAACCGAAAGGUUUAGUGACUGAAGACGCGGCACAAAUUAGGAUUUGUCGGCAAGUCAACAUGAAGCUUGCUAACAUGAGGGGGAGAACAAGUCCACUGAUAGUGUUAUCUUUUCAAUAUUUUUGCAUGGUUAGCUUUCGAAUACAUGUGACACUUUACUUUACAAAUCCCAAUUCAUAAUAUACAUAAUUUGUUUGUAUAGUAAUCAACAGUUCUAAGUGAAAUUAUUUUAUAAAUUUGUAUUAUUCAUUAAAAAAAAAUACAUAUUUUUAUUUGAGUUGGUAGGUGUUGUAGAGUACACAAACAAUAUAAAUAAAACAUCUAGAUUUUAUACAGAA